UGUUAGAGAGAGAGAGAGAGAGAGAGAGAGAGAGAGAGAGAGAGAGAGAGAGAGAGAGAGAGAGAGAGAGCAGUGAAUGGGCGAAUCUGCGGAGCUUUAAUUUCGCAACAUUGUCCGUAUCUUCAACGCUUGACUUUUACCUUUAACCGAUAAAUUGUGGGAUUUCUCUACUAUACUGUAUAUGGGAGUGAAGAGCGCGCGCUCACUUCAUACCGAUUUCUCUUCCGUCUUUUUUUAAGGGGACAGAAUGCGCUUGAAAUUCUAACGCAGAAGAAACGAUUUUCACCGUUUUCACGUUACUACUUCUUUUUUAAACCGAGGAUCGUAUUUACAGCUGAAGAUCCAAAGAAAAAAAAAAGCCCAUUGCGCAUUUGCGCAGACUGAUGAGCGGCGCGUUGGAGCGGCGCCUGAAUGAGCCUUAACUUUGCUCGGUGGUGGAAAAGGGGCGUUCCGUGCGAUCGAAGACUGACGCUGGCGCACAGAAGCUCGCGGUGGUCCCGCCGCAAAGCGCGCAUCACAUCAGCUGCAGCUUUGCGCCACGCAACUUCGGGAUCUGUCGUUUGCGAUCGUCUAACAUCAGCCUGAUGCCCCUCAAAGCCAUCAGCAAAGCCCGUCGGGAUCGUCAGAAUAUCGACGCGCGAGAUCAACGUGACCGGCGUGAACAUGGAUUCCGUGUUGGUUUUGAGGUUCUGUUCCGAGACAGACUGUUUUCAGGUUGUUUCUGAGACGCGUUCCGAGUGACCCCUGAAAUUACGCAUUCCUCCCGCGCGUCAGAUCAAUUCACAGUGUCUGAAAAUGGCAAACCAAAGUCCGUAUGACAAUCGGGAUAUCGUUGAGAAGUAUAUUUAUCAGAAACUUUUGAAGCGAGGCUACGUAUGGGAGUUCCGCGCUGGAGCAGAGGAAGACGACGGAUUGAGGGAGCCGCCGGCGGAAGUUGUGGAUCGCAGGCCGCGCGCUUUAUUACCGCUGCACCGCGUACUGCGCGAGGCCGGAGAUGAGAUCGAGCGCACGUACCAGCGCGACUUCGCGGCCAUGUCGGACCAGCUGCACCUCACACCCAGCACUGCGCAGCGCCGUUUCACCGCCGUGAUCGAGGAGCUGUUUCGGGACGGCGUGAACUGGGGCCGCAUCGUGGUCUUCCUCGAGUUCGGUAGCACCCUUUGCGCACAGAGCGUGAACCAGGAGAUGGCGUCCCAGGUGGACAACAUAGCAAGUUGGAUGACGGAUUACCUGAACGGGCCAUUGCAGAACUGGAUCCGGGAGAAUGGAGGCUGGGAUGCCUUCGUGGAGCUCUACAGUCAUCAAAGAGCAUCCAUAUUCCACCCCUGGCCCUAUUUAAAGACAGUCUUUGGCCUGGCAGCACUGGGAGCGGCAGGAGUCACUAUCGGCGCCCUUUUUUCUCAGAAGUGAUCAUCUGGAACUUUGACACCUGUCCUUCCUUCUUUUUUUUUCCCCCCAAGGCUUAUGAAGGCACUAGGUUUAUCAGCGUAGCACUGCCCUGCUGUACCGUCCAUGUUAUGGAGCUGUCCUUGAAACUGGAGUAGGAGAAAUGCAAUGAUGAAAAAACAACAAAAAAACAAAAAACAAAACAAAAACAAAAAUAAUAACAGUCGCUCCAACACAUUUACUAAAUCUACUAUCACUGCCAUUUUUAGAUCUAGAUACAAACGUACAACUCCAUAAAAAUUCAUGGACCACUUAAGCACACACAAAUGACAAUACGUUUUUUUUAUUACAAACAUUAUUUACAUUUGAACUUCUAUGAACCUGCAAUUCCAGACAUCCACUUAUUAUGGGUUUUAUUACUUUGUGUGUAGCAUGGAAUGAUGUAUGUAUAACGAAGGAGUUGGAACAAAAAAGAAAAAAAAAUGACAGCUAUGAAUGCUCCACUGUCUGCAUGCAUAUUGGUGAGCUACUUUUUUUUGCAUGAUGGCCUUUUCAGCAUGGAAAAGAAAAGCACCACUUUGUGUUGGACAUUUCUGGGUGUUAUUUUUUUCUUUUUCUUUUUUAUCUGUCUUUCUCCUUCUUAAAUAUUUCUCAGCGUACCUCUAAAAAGCAGCAGAUGCUGUUCAUUCCUCGUUAAGCAUAAUCGUCUGUUUGAUUGGCAGGCGAGUAUCUGGGUUUGUCCUUGCCGCUAAGCACUCGCUGCACUUGCUUUCAACUGCUUGUGUUCUGAGGUAUAUCACACCUGAAUGUAUAAUCCGUGUCUCUGUGUAUGGUGUGACUCUAGAGACAUUUAACCUUUAUCAUCUCAUCUGGUGUCACUCUGCUAUUAUUUCAUGUCAGUUUUAUUUAAAAAAAAAAAAAAUAAGGAAAAAGAAAAGAAAAUUUGAGGGCUGAAAACAUACAGAUUAUUGAAGCUAAAGCAGCAGGACUUCUUAAAAAGAGUGUGUGUUUGUGUGUGUGUGUGUGUGUGUGUGUGUGUGUGUGUGUGUGUGUGUGUGUGUGUGUGUGUGUGUGUGUGUGUGUGCGUGCCAUUGUCAUUGUCAUUGUAAGUAAAACGUGUUGAGAGAGAGCUUAAAGCUUUGCCAGAAAAGGUGGGUAUCUCUCGGCCUAUUACAGCAACCAGAGAUAAAGUAGGGAAGCUGGGGUCAGCCAGGUGUGGCAGGGAGGGGGUGGGUGGACAGAUAGGGGGCAGGUGGGGUACAGCAGAAUGACUCCAGCUGGCAUCAGAGACUUUAUUCAGCCUGGCACGAUGAGCAACCAGGGAAUACAAAUUCCAGAAAAACAUAGUAGAAAGUUAAUAAUAAUAAUAAUAAUAAUAAUAAUAAUAAUAAUAAUAAUAAUAAUAAUAAUAAUAAUAAUAAUAAAUAAUAAUUAUUAUUUCUUUUUAUUAGAUUUUUAUUAUUUUUCCAUUUUAUUUUCACAUUAUUGCAAAGUCAUACAUUAUGUGUCACCCCUGGACACAACGAGGUCACAGUGUUGGACUAAUGACCCACCGGAACCAGACCUAUAUGAACUGUCAACAUUCUGGACCGUCAAAUCAACAAUUACAAAUCCAUGACUGCUGAGCUACCAUUGCGCCACAGAAGAACCACCUUAAUACUGUUGGGUCCUAGAUUGCUCCUGUGCUAAACGAGUUAGCUUGAAACGUGACAACCUGAACCUGUGUGUUUCUGCUGCUGCUUUCAUCCUGAACAGAACCUAAGCGGUAUCAGAUAUCUCAGUGCUUGGUAUGUUCAGCUUGAGGACUUUAGUUUUCCAUAGCAGGUGGAUACUUUGACAAUCAUGACGUAGUAGGAUGUUAUGUUUACUUGUUAAUGUUUUACUGUCAUUUAAUGUCAUCUAAGUGGUGUAAAAAAUCAUUUUAUUACGUAAAGUCUGAAGUGAUGUUUUGUUUCCAGAAUGUCAUCAAGUUUUGUUUCCAGAAUGUCAUCAAAAAGUCAAUCAAAUUUAAUGGCAGAACUCAUGUUUCAUGUUCUAACGGUACAAAAACACGGACAUAAUGCAAUGUUAAGCUUCUGCUAUGAGUACAGAAGCGUCAUGCUGAUCAUAUAUUUUAUCUUAUGGGAGAGAGAUGAAGACUCGCACUGUAACAUCAUGUAUUUUGAUAGCUGCUAAGAAGAUGUGUAGCUCUCAUCAAUGUAACAUCCUUGUUAUUUAGACUCCAUGCGAUGCUGCUUUACGAUACAGCGAAAACUGCCACUGAUGAGGGGGCUGUACUGAAAUCUCCCCACUCUGUAAGCAUCACUCAGCAAGAAGGGUGUAAAGACUCACGCAGCAUUUGUGUGAUUGUAUAAACACUCUGGAUCAGGAGGAAUUGUCGUUUGACGAACGAGGUCAAGUCUUGAGUUUCCCAACAGAAGCGUUCAGUAGAUAGCAAUUCAGUAGUGGAAAGAAUGUGUAGUGUAUUGAAACCAGCCGUUUGUCUUGCUUAUUAAACUGAAAUUUUUAUUCAUUUUAGGACAUAUUUUGGGAAGUUUACGCCAUGUAAAAUGUACAGAAAUGGCAGCAGUGUCCAUUGUAACCUUAACCCAAACUGACUGUCAUAAUUUGGCGUUAAUAAGAUGUUGGGUACACUUAAAAUGUCCAUGAUCAGUGCUUUCUAAAAACAAAAUCUGAGACAGGAUUGUGUCUACUCUGUCUCCAGGAGCAAUUAUAAUACUAUGGUAAGAAUUUGAUCAUUUUAAAACAAGCCUUGAGGAGACACUGAGAAACCAAGAAAUAGUUCCAGAUAUUCAAGGCAACCUUUCAGCCGCUAAACAUGUGCAACUUGUAUGCGGUAUGUCAAACUUAAUUGGUGCGAUUUAUUAUGAUAUCAUUCUCAUAGUUGAUGAGGGAAAGAGAUUUUUAAAUGAGCUACCAGACUUGGUCGUAGGUUAUCACAUUUUUGUUAUUUAAUAUAUGUAUGUUUUAUUUUAUAUUAUUGGUUUUCCCAUUACCAAGAAAUUUCAAAUCCAAAAUGGGAUUUGGGAUGUUUUCCAGUUUAAUUGGGACAAUACUGAAAUGGCACAAUAAUAAUUCAUUAUGAUGAUUUUGAAUGUCAUAUCCUUACUGUAUAUGUGUCUCCUUGUACCACUAUGCAUUAUUAAUGUCCAAUCUCUCUAGGUUCUUUAUCAGUUUAAUUAUCAAGGCAGGAAGGAGUAUUUAACUGAGUAAAGUUGAGAGGUAAUUUUUCUCAAUUUCUGUCUUUAUGGCAGCACCAUUUGGUAUUUAAGCCUGUUAUUUACAUUGUGUGUGAUUGUGAUUUCUUUUUAUUCUUAUUUUGGUUGCACCAUUUUUGGAGUUCCUUUCAUCUUUGUGACUUUUAUAUGAAUUUCUGAAAUAUCUUGUUUUCUGAAAGAAAAAAAAAGGCCCAAUAAUACAUUAUAUGGUUAAUGCACUUUUUUUGUUUGGCAGCUAAUAUCAUAGAACCAUUUCCAUAAAAUGCCACAACGAAAGAGCCAAGCGCCAGUCUCAACCUUCUUUUGUUUUUUUCUUUUGUAAUUUUAUUGCUUCUCUUAUUUCACUGCGUAGCACUAAAUGUAACUAUACAGAACCUGAUCAAAAUAUUCAUGGCAUUUUCUAUAUUAAAAGAUGAUACCCAGAGGAUCAUAAACUAUACUGUACUUUAUUAUCUGAUCCUCUUAUCGCAGUCAUUAUUUGUCCUUUUACGAAAUGUAGCCUGCAUAAACCAACGUUUAAGGUUUGUUGUUGUAUUUUGUUUUAAUUUAUCCUUCGAUGUUCACAUACUAUUUUUGUCUACUUUUUCCUAUCAUAAGCUAACUGAUAUGUCCUAAUUAAAAGAAAAAAAAAUUGCCUUA